CGGUGCCCGCCGCGCGCCACACCAGUCUGUACCGAACCACCGACUCGUCGUCACGCCACCGCGUGCUAAACACCGCACAAACGUGGCGUGAUAUUGAGAAAAAGCCGGCUGUGCACGGGUUGAAAAGUGACAGUGCGUCAGUGUGCAGAAAAAGUGUUCGGGAAAUUUUCUCUGGACUUACUCAACAACUAAUUUCGACUGAACUCGACUACGAUUUUACGAUUUUUCUACAUACAAUCAGUGCAAUUGCGCGAUCAUUUUAGAAGUGCACGAAGUGGGAUGCCUUAGCCGUCGAGCCUGGUUACAUUGAAUGGCGCUAGUCUAUUAAAAUGGCGUGGCUUCAUAUAUCUACUUGCAUCUUGGUGGUGUCCUUACUUCUUAAUCCAACUUUAGCUGUCGUCUGCCCGAAUAGCUGCGUUUGCAGUACCACACGGGAUGGCCUGCACAGAGCUACCUGCAGCAACAUUGCUGAACUACACAAAUAUACAAUUCGGCAAAAACAUCAUAACAUCAAUAUUUUAGAUCUUUCGCACAAUAAUAUUACAAAAAUUACACACGAACUAGAUCGACUUAGUGAAGUUGUAACACUUGACUUAUCCACAAAUGGGCUUACGGAUAUCAAUAAGUUUUUGCAUAAUGCAAGAAAACUUGUCCAUCUAAAUUUAGCCAAUAACAGGAUAAAAAAACUGUCACUGAUAUAUCUACCAACAAGUGUCAGUUCCUUAGACUUAACAAACAAUCUUCUUAAAGAUGUUCCUUCAGAUAUCAGUCAUUUGAACAGCUUGGAACACUUAGAACUUGAAGGCAAUCCACUGGAUUGUUCGUGUGAUAAUUUAAUCAUUCGGGACCAAUUACUAGCCAACAAUGUAUAUAUUGACAAUGUCAAGUGUCACACACCAAAAAAAUUUGUAGGCCGUUCAUGGUUAGAAUUAAAAACAAAAGAUAUAUGCAAAAGCUCCAAACUAGAAUUUUUAGACAUGAUGAUGGGGGAUCAGCCAAUUGAUGCAAUGCGAGUUGGAGAAGAGACUACGGCAUUAAAAUCAAUGCCUAUGAUGGCCGGUAAUGAUUUAGAAGAUGGAAAUAUUAUCCACGGUGAACCUGUUGCUGAGGAUGAUGACAGUGAGCAAUUUAUAAAAGUAGGUAGCUUAUCAACUUCUUCUCCUAUAAAUGAUAUAGAGGGUUCUGGUGAAGUUGAGAGCACUACUGUAAGUGAUAUAAAUGAACCGGUUCAGGAGCACAAAGUACUUGGAAAUCUUUUAGCUGCUGAAGAAAUAUUGCCGGCUGACAAUAUUCAAACUACAGAAAGUCCAGAAGGAUCUGGGGAGGGAUCAGGUUUCUUUGGAUUUGAAUACGAUGAACAAACAGAGAAGUUGCCAGAGACAACGACACCAGUUUUUGAAGAACUGAACCCCGAGCUUCCUAGGAAAAUAUUUGAAGAUGACGAUGAUUAUAAUGGUACCACGUCAGAAUUUCCUAUUCCUAAACCACCAUCUGUUUACGAGGGUGGUUCUGACUGGCAUAGUAAAAAGGUUGAGGUUGAAGAAGUCACGGAAAAACCAGUUACUCCGCAAAUAACUAGAGACACAACUGUGUCUGAACAAAUUCGUAUUACACAAGCGUCUGAGGUGUUAGGUCAAAUACCCAGUACUGAAGAAGAAGUCACCCCACAUAAAACUGGAACUUAUGUUUGUAUUGCACUAAUCGUGGUUCUUCUCGUGGGAUUAAUAGGUUUUGCUAUCACAAAAGGACAGAUGCGGAAACGAAGAGAUAGGAGAUUGCUUAGACAGCAAAAACGAGAUGUAGAAAAGGCAUCUAAAGAAAUGGUAGAUAUGAAUAAAUCAUUACUAGGUAAGCCAGCCGUAGUAGAGGCUCCUGUAGAUAAAAAGAUCAAUGGAAAAUAUGAACUUGUGCCAACUCAUGAUACAAAUUUAAAGAAGAAUGAAAAUGGUGACGUAGCAAAUGGUGUGAAACAUGAUGAUGAUAAACAAAUGCGAACGGAUAGUCCCCGAGAUACAAAUCAAAAUAAAAGCAGUUCUAAAGAUAAUAAUUUAAUUGAAGAUCCAAUUUCACAGCAAGAAACUUCCUUUGAAUCAGAACCAGCUUCACCUACAUCCGGGAAAGAUAGAAACUCCCUUUCGAGUGAAGAUAUUUUCGUUCCUAUUGAUGAUGACACACCAAGAUUGAAUGGAAAUGCUGACUCGGAUUACUCUCAACCUUUAAUUAACGGGGAUAGAACAAAUUCUGACUUCUUGUCACCAUCUCGAGAAUAUGUACCGGUCUACUCGCCCGACAUGGGGCGCGUUCGCAUAAAAAUGUCAGAAACUCCAAAACCGAAAACGCCAGUGUUAGUCACAAGGAGUAGGUCGAAUGCAGGAGAUAUUAUAAUCACGCCAUCGUUGGAUGGUACCGCACGUAAAUCGACCACUUGAAACUUAGUUCAAUUGUGAACAGCAAGAAAGGAUUGUAUAAUAUUAUAUAAUAUCGGUGUCAAUUAACAAACAUUCUAUUAUUGGCAAAAUCUGUGAUUUUACGUAUGUGUGUCAAAAGAUGGACUAGCGUAUUUGCUGGUAUGAUGGUAAUGAUUGUGUAUUAAGUACUGCCAAAGUGUGUUUGUAGUCGACAGUGCCUUUAUUUUUAACUUGUUAGUAGUAUAAUAUAUUUAUGAGAGUAUAUUGUGCGAUAAGUGAAAUAUUUUUAUACGUGUAUAAAAUGUUGCCAUGAUUAGUAGAGUUACAUUUUGGAUUAAAAACAUUUUUAAAUAUCUUGUUUCUCGGUGACGCAUCCCUGUACAUUUAUUAUUUAUUCCACAUAAUUAUUUUAUUUUUCGGAUACAAUUAUGAGUUUUCAAUGGUUGUGUACUUACAUGUUGUAUCCAUAACUCAUAUAUUAUACGAUAUAACAACGAACGGUCGUUUUCAUUG